AUGUUGUGUAUGGAUGCCUGCCAGUUUGAUGGUAAGAGGAGGGACAUUGUGCCCAAGAACACUGGAGGAGAUCAAAGAGCUCCUGAAGACAAGGGAGACUGGGAACAUCACACUUGGGCCGGCUUCUGUGUUCCUUCCCUGCUGUCACUGGCACUGCAUUCUCUCACUGAUUCCAACGGAACUCCAGAAUCAUGCAUGAAGCCUUCUUUCUAUCUCUCAGGCAUGAGUAUGUCUUCAAAGCGUAAAAAUACCCCAACGAAACUAGCCAAGGACGACGUCGUGACUCAACGACUGAACCAACACUCUGAUUGCGAAGGUAUGAACUUUGAAAGUGAGGGUGAGCCCAAACACUUCACCCACUACAGCAGCAACAACGGUGUCAGCAGUGACGACAGUCACACCGCCUCAGACAGCAGCGGCUCUGACUCGCCGCUGUCCACCAAGAAGCAUCUUGGUGUACCACCGCCGCCACAAACACACGACACUGAUUCUGACUCGGAUCACGAGCUUCGCGUUAACAACAACAACAAUAACUGCAUAUCACCAACAAAGUCUCCCUUGGGACUGCAUCGAAAGUCAAUGGAGAGUGUUCUUCGACGGCUAAACAGCAAGUCGACAGACUGUCAAGAUUCCGACACAAAGGAUGACGGCAGCAUGACGGGAAAAGAAUCCAAGGUGUACGAGAGUGUCCAGCAACUGCUGAGCAGCGAAAGUCCCAUCCAGGACAAGGAGCAGAGACUGGCCGAGAUGAUCGCUCAGUUACAGAACAUCAAAGAGAGUCUGGGCAAAGACAAACAGGACCGGUCGGGCAGCUCCAGUCCUGUGACUGAGAACCACAAAGCAACAGUUUCAUCCACAGUGAGCCAAUCUCGAUCUUCCCCACAGACGUCUUCAGUGCGGUCUCCUCUGAGACUGUCCACCUCUCCACAACUUCCUUCAGCUGGCUUCCACCUCUCCCCACAGUCGUGCACCUCCGCCAGAAUGCCACAGUCGAGUCCCCACCCCCACAUGUCGACGGUGCACACACCCCUCUGGGUGGGACACCACAGUCCACUGGAGCUGCCUCCUAUGGACCAGGACGCACCUCUGAAUCUCUCCAAACCGAAGCUUUCGAUAAAGACUGAAAGACAUUUGAAUCAUUUGGGACAGGACAUGCACCAUCACGUGAAGCGAGAGCCUGUGACAACACCCCCACCGGCACACAGCAACCAUAAGAGACCUCACCCGAUCCAGCCAGCACCCACACUGACCCCGACGUCAGACAUCUCCCCUCUGCUGGGUCUACGCACGCCGUUUGCUAUCCCAGCCCAGUACGUAACGAGCCCAUUCAUGAGUCUGGCCUCUCACUUCCCCGGCUCGGCCAGCCUCAGUCUGAGUAACCACGCACACACGCUGAACGGCAGCAAGGGAUCCCCCACAGACUCGGAGAAGGAGAGUUUUGUGCAGGAAGCGCUGGCUCGACAGCUGGCAUCUGUGAAUGGUCCAGUGUUCCCCGGUCUACAUCAUCUCCCACUGUAUACCAGCGCAUCAAUGAUGCCGACCAUGCAACAACUCGCCACAAACAAUGAGCCACAGUCCCUGUCACCUGGUGACAACGAGACGUAUGUCCAACACCUUCAGAGUAAAAUGUUUGGUGCCAAAAUUAUCCGUUCACAACGUGAUAAGGGGGAUCCAAACCGGCCACAUAUCAAACGACCAAUGAAUGCAUUCAUGGUUUGGGCACGGGAAGAAAGGAGGAAGAUUCUCAAAGCCUGUCCAGACAUGCACAACUCAAAUAUCAGUAAAAUACUAGGUGCCAAAUGGAAAGCAAUGACCAAUGCAGAGAAACAGCCAUUUUAUGAAGAGCAGUCUCGUUUGAGCAAACUUCACAUGGAAAAACACCCUGACUAUAGAUACAGGCCGAGACCCAAGAGGACGUGUAUCGUGGAUGGUAAGAAGUUGCGGAUCUCUGAGUACAAGUCUCUGAUGAAGGCGAGACGCCAUGAUGUCCGCCGGGUCUGGUACGGCGAGUCGGGGUCAACAUACGUCGAAGGUUUGCACGGAGAUGACAGCAGGGGUUCUGCUAUGCCGACUGGCUUUGACCCGUCUCAGUUUCUGUCGAGAUCUCCCAUCAACAGUUUGCCAAAUGGCCGCACGGAUUCCCCUGUGAACGAAUCGAGUCAAAAUGGCGACCACCACAGUACAUCGCGUUUUGUAGAAAACAAUGACUUUGAUAACAAUGGUAAUUCCGACAGCAGUAUGGACAAUUCAUACAACGAUUCUUCAAAUGUGGGCUACGGAAACACAGCGCCAGUUGGUGAGGAGAUGUCUUCCUCCUAGUUGCCAUGAUGACAUAGUUCCCUCCUAUAAUAUACUGCAUAUCUACUAAAUGUGAUCAUGGUGCUCCAGGAAGAUCUCUUAGUGGAUCAGUCUUUUCUAUUGGUUUUUUUUUAGAUGAUGAUAUGUUUUCGUCAGAUUGCUUAUUUUUUCUUCAGAUGUGCUGAAAACAAUUCACAAAUAAUUAUUUUUUAACAUUCAUUGGCCUGAUUUUGUUGGUCAAUCAGAAGCAAAGAAGUUUUUUAAAAUUAAGAUCGUUAUUUCUGUUAUAUGAGGAUGAUGAAAAAUCUAAACUAUUUUGUGCUGUUUAAUGGUAUUUUUAUUUUAAAAAAUACUUCAGAAAUCUCUUUAGUAAGCAUAAUAUCAAAAGAUCUGAACUUUAUUAUAAUUAAAAUAAGUAAUCUUGUCUGUAAAUUGUCUAAAUGUGCAACAAAUUCUAUGAUUGUUAUUCUACAUUUAGAUCAUCACUUAAUAAAUAAUAAAUCAAGCAAUCAACAUUGAAAAACAAACUAAUUAUGAUCAUCUGAGCAUAUUAGUUGCUUUGACAGAUCAAACUUUAGUGAUCUCACAUCCAUAAGAGCUGCAGAUUGUCUCCCUUACUUUAGGACAAGUAUUGGUGUGUGUCUGGUUAUACAUAAUCUUCACCUAAAGUCAACUCAUCGGAUUUUACAUAUUAUCUUGCUGCCAUAAUUCAUACUAAUGAAAACUAGUGGAACAGUUUUUCAUUCUUAGACACUGCUAUCUUGCCUAAAGUAAGGAUAGGAUUGUUGAAAAUGGAAGAUUUCAAAAUGAAGCAGUUAACAUUACUGACAUUAUCAUUUGAUGCCUUCAAAAAUAAUUUAUAUUUCUUAUAAGUUAUAUUUACACAGAGUGUAAAAUUUCUUCACUAUACUAUCAUUCUUAAAUGGAUGCAUACUGAACAAUUUUUAUUGGGCACAUUUCAAUGAAAAAUGUUUUACAAAUAAAGGACAUUGAUAUGUCAUCCAAAUUUAUUACGUCCCCAAUAAACAGCUAAAUCAUAAAAUUAAUAAAUUUGAUGUAAAUUGUUGAAUGGCAUGGAUUGGGAAAUAUUUAGACAGCAAAAGAAUUGUGCCCAGUUGGCUUCACAAUCGCCACACUUUGCAGCACAGAAUGGCCUUUCCUUACAAACAUCUGUGUGUGAUUAGACACAGUUUUGUGUUUUGUUUUGAAAUCUGCCAUGGAUGUGACAUGACUGCGUCUGAUCUCCCAUCUCAUAUCACUGGCUGCUAGUUUGAAUCAACGACGGACUCCAAACCUAGAUCUGGAGGGUAAAGUUUAUAAUAGUCAUGUUUGAUCAAAGUAUUUAUAUACUUGUAUACUCUUACCUUUUUGUGGACCAUAUACAUUUUGUAGGUGCAGAACUGUAUCACAUGUUAAGCGUAACCGUAGUUACAUACACUGCCCUCAUUGUACAUAUCACAUUAGACAUUUAAGAUUAAUACUGGCACAUGUCUCAUUAUGUACAAGUUUUAAAUGCAUUUGUUUUUGUACAGGUGUACAUGUUGUCGUUAAUGUUUUCUAAUAUUAGAAUUCGGGAGUAGAUUCAGAGAGGUGUGCUGUUAGGGGUGUGUGUAUGUGAGAAAACUGAUAUUUAAAUACACACAUGUAUAGGGAGGUGUAUGUGAUGUGAGAAAACUGAUAUUUAAAUACACACAGAUAUAUAGGGGGGUGUAUGUGAUGUGAGAAAUCUGAUAUUUAAAUACACACAGAUGUAUAGGGGGAUGUGUAUGUGAGAAAAGUGAUGUUUAAAUACACACAGAUGCAUUCAAAAGUGUUACUGCUGGAUAUGGUGUCUUCUUCCUCUAAAUUGAAAAACAACAGUUGAACACUGCUGUUCUCAGCAAUAUUAACUAAAAACACUGUUGAAGGGGUCAUGUCACCAUCCCCCUCCCCCGAUACAUGAUAGGUCUCACCCACCCCUAAAGUCUCCCCUGAAUGAACACUGAACUUAAUUUAUAGAUUGAUUACUGUAUUAAGGUUUUGGUACGACUGUUGAUUUGUCUACAGUGGAUUAUUACGUAGCUGUGAAAAGACACAUUUCUUUUUUGGUUGAUUACAACUGUGCCAAAUGACCAUGUGAAUUACUGCGACUUGUUACUGGCUUAGUUAUUGUUCUGUUGAUCAGAUGCACUCUUCUGUGAAAGCACUGUUUGUUAGAGUCUGUCAUGUGACUGUCACAUGACCAUUGGAGCCUUUUGUCUUUCCUUGCUUUUGUUUUUUUAGUCGUGGUAAUAGACAACACCUAGUCUGGUCAAUGAAAACAUAUCUUUGAUGCCUCUGUAUCCUCUGUUUUGUGAUCAAGUUGAUAUAAUGUUAGGUUUAAUACACAUACAUAGAUACACACAGUUUUCAAUUAAUGGUUUCGACAGUUUAAUAGAGUUACUAUUAGCAGACCUGUUGAGGGUAUUCAGCCAGUGUUUUAAAAGAAGAUUUUGUUUGAAAUCAGGUCAGUUCCAUUCAUUGUUUUGAAGGUAUUUGAUUUUGCAUGUUUGCCUAAGAAUGACUCCUGUCAAAUGUUGGACACUUGUCAGGGUUGUAUUAGUGAUAUCAUUCCAAGAUGUAUGUACCAUUUGGAUCACAGUUUUCAGUCAGUAUUGCCAGUCAUAUGGCAGUUCAUUUUAAACUUGUCGACCAUUCAACUACACAGAACAAAACUGAUAGCAUUGUGGUAGGAUAGGCACUUCUAGCUGUUUAAUGUCUGGCAAAAUGUAUACAUUUGUUAACUGUUAUUUUCUUACUGCUUCUUAACCAAACACUUGAACUAUAUGAAAGCUGGUUUAUAAAACUAUAAAACAUUUGUUUGUGUUAAACGUCUGCUGAAAUUUGCUCUGAAUUUGAACAAAUGAAUUUUUUAUGGAUAGAGAAGAUUUGUAUGUGGACUAGGUGUUGAUAAACUGUUAGUAGUGUUACAUUUUUGUGAUGACCUCUGUGUGAUAAGUAGGAGUGCUCCACGUAGGACACUUGACCUAUUAAGUGUGUGUUGCUUACAAAUGGCUCACAGACUAUUAAAAUGUUAAACAAGAUAUCUUUUUUAAAAUCUAGUUAUUCACUAUUUCCUAGAGCACUUGAAGAAUUCUGUUUGAUACUGUUAAAUUUGUGGCUGGAAUUAAAGAGAGUUGAAAUUAGAAACAAAUUCUUAAUUUUAUCAUUUUAUUUUGGCUUCUGCUGAUGGUUGAAUAAACUCAGUAGAAGACUUAAUGAUGGGUUGAUACUCAUUAACAACUGAAAUUAUUUCACAACACACCAGCCAGUUUAGCAUAUUUUUAUACCAGUAACUCCUUUUAAUGGUGUACAAGCACCACACUGUAGACAAAAUGCUAAAAAAAACUAAACAAUUUUAGUUUAUUUAUAAUCAAAUAGACUUUAUUUUAACUUCUUGAUAAACAAAACAAACAUUUUGAUGAAUUUUUAAAACUAUAAUUUUUAGUUUAUAUCAUGUUGUUAUACUUUACAAGCCUUCAUUUGUUUACAUUAUAUAUCGGAUAUUUAAUUUAAAAACAUUUAGUGUGCCAUUUUUCAUGAAGUUUGCCAUAGUUGAAUGUAAAUCACUUUGCAAUCAAUUGUUUUAUUGUACUUUAAAAAUGUAUAUGUGUAUUAUUUUUAUCAUGAUCAUUGUUUGUUGUUUUAUAAUUUUUAUGUAUUGAUCUGUUCCAUGUACUGUUGAUCGAUCCAGCCAGAAAAUGAGAUGUAAUAUGUCUUAUUUUUCUGUAGCUGGAAAGAACUGCUGCAUUAUAGGUAGUUUAUAAGAGAAGUGUAAAAAAGCAAUAAUUAAUUGUAUUAUAGGAUGAUCAUAACACACAACUGACGUCUGUCCAUAUGGACAGAAAGUAAUAUUACACAUAUGCCAUAAUCACUCAUUCGAAAAUUAUAUAUAUAUAUAAUUUAUAUGUCCACAUUUAUACAUUGUAAGUUAUAUUGUGAAUGCAUGUUUUAAAUGAUCUCGAAUUAUUUGUAUGCCAAGCUGAUACACAACUUAUCAAGUACAUCGACAUUGUAUCCCAUAAUGCCUUUCUGCCCAAUUUGCUCGCCUCUGCAAACAUUCCCUUUUGUUUAUCAGGGCAUUUCCAGUCAUGAUUUCAAAGGAGGGCUUACCACACAAUAAGACUAAAUAUGUUACAAGAUACUACAUUUGGAGUCUGCCCAUCCUCCCCUAUAAUCAUAGCUGGAACGGCCCUGACAAUAACAUACAGCUCACAGCUAUAACAUCCUCAGUUUGUUUCACACAUUUUUCUUUCUUUUCUUCAUAAGGUAACUCUGUUGCCAUUUGUUUUGGAGUGGGAGGAUUUUUUAAAUGUAAAUAUUGGGCUUAUAUGAUUGUUCAUAUUCACAACUCAAUUGGAGCUAAUUCCCAGAAAACAAUAGUAAUGUAAAGAUGAUUGCACACUGGUUGUAUGCACCACAUUAUAAGGUUCUAUGUUUGAAAGCUAGUAAAACAGAGAAAUGCUAAAAUAUUUUAGGGUAGUAUUACUAUACAUAAGAAUUGGAACAUACUAGCAAUGGGGUGAUUUGAUUUUCAGUUGGGGGCAGUGCAUUAUCUUCAAAGUUGAGGGGCCAGUGCCUCCCUUCCCCACCCAACCUCCGAUUAGAUGUUUAUAAAGUACACACUAACAUAAUUCCACAUAAUACAGAGCACAAUAAACUCUUAUUAUUGACAUAAAAAGACAAAUUGUUUUCAAUUUUAUGUUUUGGUAAAUAACAUUAAAACCCUAACCAAUUAUCAUUAGAAACUGGUUCUACUCAGUGCGAACGUGGGGUUUCUUUUCUUUGUUGAAGUUCAUGUCAUCUCAUUGUACAGUAACCCAUUUUUGGAUAAACUUUUCACAGUACAUCGAAAACUUGAUCUUUAACUAUUUUUUAGCCGUUACCAAAUUACAUUUGCCAGUGUAAAAUGUUGCAACACUAAUGUUUCGUUAAUUCUAUUUGAUUAAUUCCGGACGUGACCAUUUGGUUUAACAUGAAGUGCAUAAAGCAGCCUAGCAGAUGUUUUUCUGCUCAGUCUAGAUGAACUCGGUCCUGGUGUUUUGUGCUUUUCCAGAUUUUACAAUUUUUAUUUAAAAAGACAACAUGAAAACAGUGAAAUUCAGUGACAUAGGAACCUAUUAAUGGUUGUUUUUGUUUUCAGUCUAUUGACAAUUAUAUAUAUAUAUAUAUCAUCUAACAUUUUGGAGCAUUCUAUGUGUUCCAGAAUGAACCUUUACCCUUCUCACGGAGUGAAACAAAGCCAGAAACUAGCACUGGAAUAAGUAAAAGGAAAUUAUGGGGUUAAUGGUCCGAACGUUCCAUAUUCCAUGACUGUCAAUGUUAUUAUAUUGUAAUUUGCAUAUUUGCUCAAUUUUUAUUGUUUGUAAAACAAAUGUCGUCAGCUACUUUUCUCAAUUUUUUAUGUAUUACUUUCAGUUUUAUUUUAAUUUGCAUAUAGUUUACAUAGCUGCUAAAAACUUUAAUAGGAUUUCGUUCCUUAGAUUUUGUUAGACCGGUUCAUAUCAGUUCAGCAUACAGUCUAUUUAUGAUAAUGAUGAUUGUUUUAGUGUUGAUGAUCAGUCAUAUCAGUACAAAACACAGUCUUAUUGCCAGUCAAACUGAGGGUAAUUUAUCUCACUGUAGAAGGCAUUUAUUCACAUGGGGCUGUUUUUAGAGGAUAGACCCUGAUCCACUAUGCCAAAAACAAAAACAAAAACAUAAAUAUAUUUGGUGUGAACUGGUGAAAGGUAGAGAAGAGGCUUCUUUUGUUUUCUUUAGGGAAUUUAGUAAGAUAAGGAUCCGACUUAGAGCUUAUAGAGCUGUCAUUACCCAGCCAAAGCCACCAUUACUAGUGCUAUAUAUGUAUAUUUAUUACGUGCCAAUCAGUUUACUAUGCAAGAAGACUAUCACUACAGUCUUUUAACAUUUUAAAAUAGCAGCUUUAAUAAUACACUUUAUAGAUAGUUAUAGACAUCAUUUAGAAUGACUUUUUUUGCCCUUCACAAGAUUUUAUUUAAUUUUUAUUACAUAGUUUUAGGUUGAAGUUUAACAGUUUGAAUGGUGAAAUUCAGCUUGACAAGUACACAGUUGGAUUCAUAGAAAGUCCAGUACCAUCAGUGUGUCAGUGUUUCAUGAAUUUAGCACGAAAUUAUAAUUUAAAUUAAUAAUUAUCAUUGAACAGCUUAACAGUAUACAAGAAGAUAUUAAAAUGUGGGCCAGAGUUCUAAAUUAUUGAACACAAAAUGAAACGUUUGUGGUAUAAAUGAAUUUUGAUUGAAUAAAGAUGAUGAAGUUUAGUAAUGUAUAGACGACUUUGGAAUAUUCACAUCUAUCAUAAUCUUCUUAUUGAACGAUCCUACCUUCAAAGGAGGUAAUAGCCAUUUUCCUCUCAGAUUUUAAUAUCAUAUACUAGUAUGUUAAUUACCUUUAGUUGUCCUGGUUUGAUGGUUUAUAACAGUUUCUACAAGUAAAACUAUUUAACAUUGUCAUUGUAACUAAAAUUGUUUAUUGGCAUUUUAUUUUUUUGUAAAACAAAUUGACUCAACAAGCUGAGUAAUUUUUAACCUUGUAAAUGAUUCAGGCAAAUAAAACUCUUUGAAAGACUGAGUCAACAUGUGAGUCAACAUGUCAUUGAAAGACUGAGUCGACAUUGAGCAAUUCACACAAAGCCGGACAAUUAAAUCAGCUUCUUUUCUUCUGCAUGACAACAUGGAAUGCAUUACGCUUCCAGGUAGUAGGAUGGUGUAGGACAUUUUUACUUUUAUUUAUUUGUUUUUGUUGUAUUUCUAAUGUGUGACCAAUAUUUGUUUUUGUCGACUUGUUGAACAUUCUAUUUUAGGCAUCACUUAUCAUUCUUUAUUUCUCCUUCAUUUGUCAUUGAUUAAAUGUUAUUUUUUUAUUUUGUUCAUGUUAAUGAGCAAGUAAACUAAAUCUUCCUUGCAAUUUGAAACUGCUUAGAAUCAAUGGUAAUAGAGGUACAGUGCUACACUUUCCACCUGAUAAUGUACUAGAUUUGAUAAUAUGACUGAAUGCUCAAUAUUAUUUGUAUGUCGUAGGGUAAUUACAAGGGUAUGAAAUACAGCUUUUUAUUGAAUGUUAAUUUUGUCUAGGUUUGGGCAAAACUUUCAUGUCUUUAACUGUCCUGACCAAUGAAUGAACAGACUAAACUAUGUUAUAGUAUCACGGCACACAUACCCUGUGCAAAAUAUGUAUAUUUUGGAACUAUGUUAUCUAGUUUUUGAAUAGAUAUUAUAAAUCUGUAUACCUGUGGUAAAUAUGGACAUACCCCGGUAGUAAUAGGUGAUGUGAUGUAACGAGUAUUGUCCAGUGUUUUCAUUCACUGGCUUUGUAUACCUGUCUCAGAUAUUGUUUGUUAGACCAGAGAGAAAAACUAUAAUAAUGAUGGAGUAACUAUAGUUAUUGAUAUUUUAUAGGUAGUGAAGUACAGUGGAACCUGUUUAAACCAGAUCACCUUGGAACCGGUUUCAAGAGAGAUGCUGUAUAUUCAGGGUUUAUAAAUACAUGAAUUUAUUUCCCUCAUUUGAAAUGUCGUAAAUUGGAAUUCACCAUCACAGAACUAUUACCAAAUAUCCAGGAACAAGAGCAUAUCUAGCACUAACAAACAUAUUGACAACGAUCAUUUUUGUUCAGCGAUACACAGUGAUGACAGCUUUGAUUCAUUUAAAUAACACCAACGAUGGUACAUGUGUUUGACAAUGCUAUAGAUUUACUGAGAGCAUUGUAUUCGGUUUAAAUAGUAAUUGAUUAUCUAUGCGAGUCUGUUGUCGAGAGUAUUGGGUUAUGACCUAAUAAGCUGGUAAAUCCAUUUGUUUUAAAGACAGUAAAUUGUUUUUAUCAAUAAACAUCUAUUCUAAUUGUUGUGAUGAUGCAGUGUGUGGUACAGACCAUUGAAAUGUCUGUGCUAUUCUAAUUCUUGUGAUGAUGAAGUGUGUGGUACAGACCAUUGAAAUGUCUGUGCUAUUCUAAUUCUUGUGAUGAUGCAGUGUGUGGUACAGACCAUUGAAAUGUCUGUGCUAUUCUAAUUCUUGUGAUGAUACAGCUCAUCAUCGAGUGGUCACACAUAACGGGGAUUUUAUUGAACUUGAAUUAAGUUUUGUUUACAGCAAUCUGGUUCUUGCCAAUUAACUAAUUAAGGAUCUUUGUUUUGGUGCAGACAAUUCAUCUGGUUCUUAGAAUAGACAGGUUCUAGUUCCUCGUGACUUUAAUACAUUGAAAUGUAUAAAAGAGUUGGCUAAUACACAGCAAUAUACAGUACAUAGAGAAAUAAUCCAGAUUGUUUUUAACAGGAAUCCAAUUUUGUUAGGAUCUGGUUUAGGAGGGUACCACUGUAUUAUUUUUAUCCGAUUUGUUUAAAGUUAAGUUACAACCUCCCAAUAUUUUUAUAGAUGAAGAUGAAAUAAAAGUAUGGUACAUUUUAUUUUUAACUGUUUAAUAAUUCACAUAUGUACAUUGUUGUGACAUACAUUUUUACUAACACAGUUGUAUACAUUUUAUUGGAGAACAUAAAAAAAUUGUGACAAACAUAUUUUUCUUAACAACUGAAACAAAAAUAAUAGGAAAAAGAACAAGUAUAAAUGUAUCAUUUUACUUCAGUGAAAUAAUUAUGGCAGCAAUGAAGGUGACUCUUUUGAAGAAUGCUUUUACUCAUGUGUACUUAGUUGAGUUAUAAAACCCAUCAGUUGACAGAAAACGGGUAGAGUAUAUUCACUGUCUCCAUUUAGAUAAAUACAUUGUUUUAUUUAGCAAAACUCUUAAUUGUGAUUGUCUGUAAUCAUGGAAAAUACUGCAGUUUCUGGAUAAUAAACAAUAUUCCUUAAAGGGCAUCCAUUAUUA